GACAUGCUUUGCAGUUUCUUCAGCAUAGUUGGGGAUCCAUCAAAAGGUUUCUUUUGUUAUGCUCAGGGCUACAUCACACAUUUCUUUUGUGUGGCUUCGUUUCUUUGGACUACUACAAUUGCUUUUACCCUUCAUCGCACUGUUGUUAGACACAAAACAGAUGUUGAGGAUUUGGAGCCCAUGUUUCACUUGUAUGUUUGGGGUACUUCACUUGUUAUGACUGUCAUACGCUCUAUUGGUAAUGAACAUGGGCAUAUUGUUCGUUUAGGUGCAUGGUGUUUUGCCCAAGCAGGACGUAAAGGAACGGUGGUUCACUUUAUAACGUUUUAUGCACCACUGUGGGGGGCAAUUAUCUUUAACGGCGUCACUUACUUUCAAGUGAUACGCAUGCUAAACAAUGCAACCCGUAUGGCAGUAGGUAUGUCAGACCGAGUAUACCAACCAGAUGCACGGCCAGACAUGAAGGCUGUGAACCGGUGGGGUUACUAUCCACUCAUCCUCAUAGGGGCUUGGACUUUUGGCACGAUCAACCGCAUCCAUGAUUUCAUUGUACCAGGCCAUAAAAUAUUUUGGCUUUCCAUUCUUGAUGUUGGGAUGGCUGCACUAAUGGGCCUGUUCAACUCAAUAGCAUAUGGCCUUAACUCCUCGGUGCGGCGGGCAAUUUUUGAAAGAUUAGAUCUGUUACCAGAAAGAUUUCAACGAUUCUUGCCAAAGAAUUUUAAGUCCAGGGGGCAACAUCAAGCGAGUGAACUAGUCUCAUUGAAAAUUGAGGACCAGCAGUAGCAGUUAGGAGUUUGGACGCUGUCUGUAUGCUUCCACCUGGGAGAGGUGUAGUGUCUAGACUGCUGCAAAUUUCAUUGUUCGUUUAUCAUUUGAGAAAGAUUGAAACCAGAACUCAAGGAGGAACACAGCUCCCAACUGAUUUGGUUCAUUACCACUCGUCAGACAAAGCCCACAGAACUCGUCAUUCCAUCUGCCUGUUUGGUCUUCUCUCUGUUGUAAAGUACCACUGACCUCAUGCUCUUGAACCUCAUUUGGAAAGGUUGAUAUCAGUAUCUCACUUGACGUGCUAUUACAGAUAGAAUAUCUAACAGUGAGUUAGAUUACUCUCACAUAGAAUGCAAAUUAUGAUCAAGAUGAUAUAAUGAUCUCUGUUUUUUUUUUUGGAAGAAGAUGAAUAUCUACAUUACCAUUCAUGUCUGGAGUUGGUUGAGAAAUCUUCUAUUUUCCUACUGUCAUGUGCAUUAUUUUAUUUUCUGUAUUUCCCAAUUAACUUUACAGUGUGAUUCCUGAUCAUGUGUAAUGCUG